AUGAAACAAUACAGCCGUCUGGACUUACUGGACAUCGGUUUCAAAUUGAAGAUGACCAUCUCCCGCGACUUUCACCGAACUCACAACAUUCCGGACGAAAUAGCGAGACCAGCGGGAUCCCCGUGGAUUGUUAUCGGGUCUGGCAGGCGACGCAGACGGAGAUGCGAGAGGAAACAAAAACGAGGUUGCAGGGCUGGGCUACUGCUAAAACUAAGAAAACAGCCACUCAAACCUCCGUUGCCGAGCCUCUACCUUACAAACGCCAGAUCCAUUGUACACAAAACGGACGAUUUGGAAUUACAGUUGGCUGGUAACCGUUAUGUUUCCGAUUGCUGUGUGCUUAUCAUCACAGAGACAUUGCUACACACACAAGUCCCUGAUGCCACGGUGCAACUAGUAGACCACACACUACACAGAUGGGACAGGAACAGUGACUCCGGGAAGAACAGAGGAGGCGGGCUCUGCAUCUAUGUGCAUGAUGGCUGGUGUAACAACAGCACUGUCUUGGACAGACACUGUUCUGAUCUGGAAUUUAUGUCGGUGAGAUGCAGACCCUUCUUUCUGCCUAGAGAGGUAGCUGCUGUUGUCAUCACUGCAGUCUACAUACCACCAGACGCUAAUGUAAACAUGGCUCUCUCUCUACUGCUAAAUGCCAUCAAUACCCACCAGUGCGCCCACCCCAGUGGAGUCUACAUCAUUGCAGGGGACUUCAAUAAGGCAAAUCUCAAGACUGUACUACCAAAAUUCCACCAAUAUGUAAAAUGCCCUACAAGAGGGGAUAACACUCUGGAUCAUGUGUAUUCCAACAUCAAGCAUGCGUACAGAGCUGUACCCCUUCCCCACCUGGGCCAGUCAGACCACCUCUCCCUGCUCCUCACUCCAGCAUACACCCCUCUCAGUCGACAAACAAAGCCCACAAAGAAGACCAUCACCACCUGGCCUGAGGACGCCCUCCCCCGACUACAGGACUGCUUCGAAAAUACACAGUGGGAAGCUUUCUAUCACGAAGACCUGGACAUAUUCACAGAUGCAGUACUGUCCUACAUCAAGUACUGUAUUGGGAAUGUCACUGUUGAAAAGAGCAUCUGGGUGUUCCCAAACCAGAAACCCUGGAUGACGCGCCAGGUCCGUAUGCUCCUCCGGGCCCGUGACUCAGCCUUCAGGUCAGGCGACAGAGCAUUGUACAGCGCCGCUCGUGCCAACCUGAAGGGAGGCGUUAGGACUGCCAAAGGUGAAUAUAAGAGGAGGAUAGAGGAACAUCUAAACAACCCCAGGCAAGUGUGGCGGGGCAUACAGACCAUCACCAACUACAAAAGCUGA